CGCGGUGGGGUCGGGGGGGCGAUGGGACACCCCUCCGGGCGGCAGCGGCGGCUGCGCUGCGGCCUGACAGCGGGGUUUCCGCCGGCCGGUACUUGCGGAAAAUCCGAUUAUAGGAGUUUGUCGUAUCAAAACAAAUCCCAAGGUGCGGAGAAGGUUAAAAGUGAAGGCUGCGGUCCUGCGCACGUGCGGAUGCAGCAGUGUGUGCCCCUCAUCCUGCCCCCGCUCCCCAGACCCAGAACCGGCUGGGUUUUGCUGUCACAGCACAGAGCCUGCUACUGCAGAAUCUGCUAGAGUUGUAGUGGGACUUUGUAUCUGCAGCAUGCGACAGUUAUUCAAGCCGUACGCUUUUGUGACUUAAAAGCAAAGUAAGUCCUUUGGGUAGAGGAGGAAAAACUUUUAACUCCGACUGUUAUUGUUGUCUCACGAUUUUAGGAGAGUGCAGAAAUGUCUCCCUUCGAAAAUAAAGGACUAAUACUGGGCAUAAUGGCAGGGACUGCUGGAAUAAGCCUGAUGCUGAUUUGGUACCGUAAGACCCGAAAACCCGGUGCAGCUGUGCAUAUACCUGCAUUCCUAGAUGUAGGUAACAGGCUUAAUUCCGUGGGCUGGCGAAAUGAAGCUCCUAAUGAGCAAGGAGCAGUAAUGGUUUUACACGGAAGGCAACUGCAGAUACUAGAAAAAUUGAAUGGCUUGCUAGUAAGUGUGGACGAGCUGAAGAGAGAGGUGACAUUUCUGAAAGAAGCCAUUCCAAAGCUUGAAGAGCGUGUCAGAAAUGAACUUAAAGGGAAGGGAGAUGUUCAGAGAGUUAGCCCUUCGCACAGAGCAACAAAGCGGAGAAAAGCCGAGACAGCUUCUGGUGCAACAGAAACUACCAGCUCUGAGGAAGCAGAAAGUGAAGGAGGUUAUCUUACAGCUCAUACUGAUUCUGAAGGAGAGGAAGAAAAGAGAUGUAUGAAAUCACCUGAUGUGAAAUCAGAAGAAGAAGAGGAGCUAUUUAAUCUUUUACAGCAGGUGGACAAUUUGCACAAGGGUUCAGAGGAUGAUAAAAAGGAAGGCUUCAGACUGCUGCUUGAGAAAAAUGACAAGUAUGAAAACUGUGUGGACUUUCUUUGGAGACUUGCACGUGCUUACGGAGAUCUGUUUGAGAUGACUACUGAUGCUGAAGAGAAGAGGAACUAUGUUACUGAUGGAAAGAUUAAAGCUGAAAAGGCUGUUCAGCUGGAUGCCAGGAGUGCUGAGAGUCACCAGUGGUUUGCAAUUAUGUGUGGCUAUAUGUCUCAAUUUGAAAGUGUACAAAACAAAAUCAGGAAUGGUUAUCUCUUUAAGGAGCACCUAGACAAAGCUAUUGAACUUAAGCCUCAAGAUCCUUUUUUAUAUUACCUACAUGGAAGAUGGUGCUAUUCAGUAGCUCAGUUAUCAUGGAUUGAAAAGAAAGUAGCUGCUGCUCUCUUUGGGACUCCACCAACUUCAACAGUAGAAGAAGCAUUGCAGAAUUUCCUUAAGGCAGAAGAAAUGCGUCCAGGAUAUUCCAAAUGCAAUUAUGUGUAUUUGGCAAAGUGCUAUAAAGAUCUUGGCCAGAAAAACAAUGCACUGAAGUACUGUGAUUCUGCACUGUCAAUUCUCUCAGUUACUAAUGAGGAGAUGUAAUAUAGUGUUGGCUCUGAGCAUAGCAGAAUUACUUUCCUCUUGCUCCCCCAUUGGCUCCACUCUGCUCUGAGCCCAGUAGCGUAGGCAGAGCCCACCAACACCAGUAUGGAAGAUACUGAGGGUGUAACCAGUCCAUAGUGGUUAUUGCAGGUAGGUAUGGCUGUAUGCACUGAAACCACAAUCUAACCUGUGUCAUUAAUUAAAUUUCCCAAUGCUUUCAUGUUAAUUGCAUAAAAAAUCAUUAGCAAACAUCAUGGAAAUCUCUUUAGAAAAACUGCACAUGGUCAGGUUGCAAGAUUAUGUAAAGUAUAAGGCAAGGCAGUACUUUGUGCAAAGUACACCAAUAAAAGUUAUGGCCUAAGCUGAAAGGCUUACUGGUCUGCUGAGAAGGCUAUUUGUGGCUAACAUUUUAAGUGCUUUAACAGAGCUGUAAAGGGAGGGCUGCCAUCUGGCUCUUGUUUUCACUUCAAACUUUAUUUUUAUGUUCACUGAUAAAUUAGCUUACUAUGCAGUCUACAUUCUGUGACUGUUGCAGUUGUGUGUUAUGUCUGUUGUUAGUAAAGAAAUGUGGAUAGGCACGUAUUAGUCAAAUGAAGGGAUUUAAUCCUAUCUAACUUGAUGCAUG